AAAAGAAAUCAUUUCAAGCCGGUAGUCAAAAAAUGUCAAAACAACGUUCGCAAAAACCGAAACUUGAUAACACUUUGGUGGCUGAAGAACCAUCUCUAACUACUCCAAUUUCUGCGGGUACUGAUCCGGACACUCUCCCUUUUCCCGAAUUUACUGAUCAAGACAUCAACUCAGAAAAAUGGGAUAAUGGCACAGCAGUAAAGCAGGAUAAAAGUCAAAUAAAAUCGUUAUUUGAAGAUCCACAAAAAGUGCAUUUGCCAUCUGGUAUAUCGGCCCAUGAAUGGAAAAGGUGUUCCGAUGUUUAUUCAAACGUUAACUUUGUGGUUUAUUCAAACUCUCACGAGUAUCCUGAUCUGGUAACUCCUAACACUCAUCUUUUAGAGACUGAGUUUUACCGACACUUCGUAUCGGUAAUUGAGACUUUGUUGUACAUUGGUAGCACUAAACCAUUUUUACAAGAAUAUGGGAGUCAGGCAUUUUAUACAUCUGUGGAAAAAGCUUGGAAACCGUGGCAUCAUAUUUACUCAAAUUGCAAAAUCACCAAAGGUGAACAUUCGCCUGUUUACAAUCCUGUUGGUAAAUAUGUUGUCCGUCUUUUCUGGAUGGGAACUUGGCGCAAAAUUUACGUAGAUGACUUCUUGCCUAUGGAUCAGUUCAACAACGUCUUGCUGCCUACAUUUCAAUCACCUAAAGUAUUGCUUCAAGAAAAGACACAAAAUAUAAAUGUGGAAAAUAAACCUACAAAAACUAAACCCAGCAAGAGAAGUAGCCCUGUAAGGAAGGAAACACUGCAAUUAUGGCCUAUGAUAUUAUGCAAAGCUCUCUUAAAAAUCGCAAGUUUAAGCUCAUGCUUUUCAACCAUUGCGACUAAUGAUUUUGAUAUCGUUAAUUGCUUGACUGGAUGGAUUCCGCAGAAGAUAAAGACGAAAGAUAUUCCCGCUAGCGACCUUUGGGACAUAUUUAUUGCAUGCGUUCCUCGUUUUGAGUGGGCUGAAACGAAGGAUGGAAGCACGAAAAAAACUGGAAGUCCAAAGUCAAAAACAACAGGAAAAGAUGCUUCAAAAUUGACCAAAAAGAGUGUCAAAGCUGUUGUACCGGUUGGAGUGGAAAAUAUGAAAGAUGGAGAUCAUUAUGUGAUGUUAAAUUGCUGUAGCCGAGGAGAAGCUUCAAAGACUAAUCACGUCGAAUCCAGCAAUAUGGCCAAAAGCAGCUUAAUAUUUUUAGUUCAAAUUAGAGAUAUUCCUCUAAUUCAGCCAGCUCCUAGGCCAGAAAUAGAGUUUUGGAAAACUUUUCGGUUCGAAGAGUGGGCUGUUGAGCAAGGGAUUUUAUCACCAGAUAUUAAAAAGCUCAACAUACAGUCGCUGAAAAUUAUAGAUCCGAUUAGAAGAAUUCUCCCAGUUACUGAAAGUGCUCCCAAGCCGGAGGAUAUUAAAUUUGCGGAUAAACUAGUGGAUGAUGCAGACAAAAAGUCUGAAAAAAGUUCCAAAUCCUCGAAAAAAUCUGCGAAAAGCAGCAAGUCAGUCCGUCUCGAACCAGAGCCUUGCAGCUGGGCAGGUUUCAUGGAUUUCCAACAAGAAAUCGACCACAUAACCAUUUACUUUCAACCACGACUAUUUAAAGAUAAAACUAAGAUUUCUGAUGUAAAUUUUCCAAAUACGUCCCAAGAGUUCCGUCACAUAAAUGCCCCCAUUACCCGCAAAAAAAUGAACAACGAGCCAAUUUACUUAUUUAUGGAUUCCAUCGAUUAUAAAUUUUUGCUGAUUAACUUAGCUCAAUUGGGGAAUGUUGCUCUAUUGCAAAAAAAUACCGAAGAAGAAGAUGAUAUUGAAGAUGCCAUGGUUUCUUCUGAAGAUGUAGAUAUAUGUGAAGAAAUCGUGUUGAUAAAAACCAGGAGAAAAGACGUUUCAAAAACUGUAAUUGAAACUGAUUCAUCAUCGUCCGUUCAAAGGAUGACUUGCAAAUCAGUAAGUCUUGUUUUAGAAGAGUAUAGCUGGAAAUCAAAUUCUCUAGGCAACGCUCAAGCAAUUCUCAGAAGCUAUGGAACAAGAAGUAUAAUGCUCGAUUUAAAGCCUGGUAGAAUGUCUUUCAGGCUAUGGAUUUCAGCUGAUUGCUCCUAUGUAUUGCAGUUGUUUUCUGAUUCGACAGUACGUGUUGGAUGUUUGGAAGAAUAUUUGCAGACCUGUAGUGCGGAAUCGCAAACUCUGACAAAUCUAUGCUACGAAUUAUCAAGCUGUUAUGGAAAACUGGUUCAAUCGUUUGGAAUGCCCGAACAUACAAUAUGUCUAAGAAACUUCUACCAAUGUUACAAACCGUUCCAGAACUUAUCCAAAAAAGAGCUUGUCAUAGUUCACAGAAUUGUCUUUGAAGAACUGUGCAAAACCAUUAUAGAAAAUAGUUUAACAUCAGAUGCACUCUAUGCGAUAAACUUGCUGUUUUUCAAUCUAAAGACUUUUGACUAUCCUAAUCCUUACAUCGAAGAAACUCACUUGUGUCCAGACAAGUUUGCACUAAUGGAGCAAGUGGAAUAUGCUAAAAUUAUGCAAAGAGCUGCGGUGAAAAUUCAGGCGUUUUUUAAAAGCUGGUACAUAAGGGCAAUGUUGAAGAAAACAUCUCAGACUCACAAGGAAUAUUUCGGAGUUUUUGAUACCCUGAAAAAGACCUACGUCGAUAUUUUUGCUUCAGAGAAGCGUUUAGUCUAUUGUCCUACUCUACUGAGACGCGUCUUUGAGCACCCAGAAAUGUCCAGCAUCAACCAAAAGUUUGACAUAUUUUCGGAUACUGAGUCCGUUCUGAGUCUCCGUGUGUUUACGGGCUCAAUUAAUGUUCAAGAAUGUGUAUGGGUUCCACUCUGUCGGUAUGAAUUUCAAAUCGAAGCACGUGACCCAGUGUUUGUAAAAAUGCAUUUAUUCUGUAAUUUGAAUCAAUACUGUAUCCGAGUUUUUAACAACGACAAUCUCACGGAAAUCAAACGGGAAAUCAACAGAGUGGCUGUAUGUAAAUAUCCAGCAAAUGAAAAAGGGUAUACUGUACUGGGCUACGGAUGGUCAGAACAUGAAGCCAAAGCCAAUUGGAAGUUGGUUCUGGCAACUCAAACUAUGGCCAAAAAUAAUUUAAUAGUGAAUCCUCAAUCCUUUAUGGCAACAUCAGUCCUGAAGGACAAUUACAUACCCAACUAUAAAAGUGUUAUUUGCCGAUGUAUAGUGAAAGUUGGAUCGGAUGCUUUUGUAACUGCAAAUUUAACCACCUCCUUCGACGAUGUUAAAAUAUGUUUAAAGUUGAUUGACAAAAAUGGAAAAAGACUGCUUGAAAAGAAUGGAACCAAAACGGUGUUGCUUCCGAUGAUGAAUCUGCAGACUGACACAGUAGUUUCAGAACCUUCAGUAAAACAGCUGGUGGAAGAUCAGAACAGGAGAAUCGAGUCAGUGAGUGAAGUGAGUGAAAUAUCUUAUAGAAAAGGCCUUAAAUCAUCCGGACUAGUCGAUACUGAAAGCAAUAAAAGUGCUAGUAUCUUCAGUGCGCAAAAACAUUCACUAACCGACGGAACAAAACGGCAUAAAAAGAAGUUCAGUGAAGUUGGAGAUAUGGAUGAUGAAAUAAGUUACACGUCUCAACGAAGUUCAGAUGCUAGAUUCAAUGGAAGAAAAAGCCACAAUAAAUUAGGAUCGAGGGCAUCUGUUAGUUCGAAAAUCAAAAGCAAAUUGAUAGUUCCAACAAGAAGUAUAGAUUUUCCCCAAACGCAAUACAUAUUAGAAGCUACAGUGGUUGAAGGAAGCUGGCCACUCACUGCAGAUGAAUGGGAUCGCGUUCAAAAGCUGCGACAACUUAGUUAUUUAGAUAUUCUAGACGAAAGACCGUUUCUUAAUAAGAAACCAUCCACGCCAAAAAAGUCGGCUUCCAUUAUUCUGGAGGAACCGUUUUGGACCCUGGAUUUGGUUUAUAGUUCAAACAGUGUUCUGGAGUUUGAACAAGAUCACUCCGAGAGUGAGAAAUUGAAGCAGUUAAAAAGCAAAUGGUUCAGCGAUAUUGAACGCUAUAAAAAUGGUCUAGAAUGUAGGAAAAAGUACAUUGAAGAACACUCAGUAUUUAAAAGUGACUUUUCAAUCGAUAAAUCUAAGCGAAGUAAUAAUUGGAGAGACUUUGCCUCAUUUGUCAUUGUAGGAGAUUCUUUGGAUCAAUAUAUGGUAAAAUCUCUUGCAGAAGUGGAUUGGGCCUUUUGCAAAACAAAAUCUCCCGAUGACUAUAUUAUUGAGGAAUCGAAUAUUGAGAGAAGAGUCAAAGAGUAUGAAAAGGAAGAAGAAGCCAUCCAGGAGGACAUUGAAUGCAAAAUACAAGAGCAACAGGAGCAGUUUGAAAUUAUUGCUAACUGGUUUGCAGACAUUAAAGAAGAAUCAAUGGAAAUGAUUAAUGAUGCAUUAGCUAUGAAGCAGAAGUACGUUGAAAAGUUCCUUUCACAACAUAAAAAGCACGAUGACAAAAAGCAAAAAGGGAAGAAAAAGAAGUGAUCACGUUCUAUUAAUGCGAUUAGAUGGAUUAUUUCAUUAAUUUCUCUAGUCAGUUUAUCAGAUGAUUUUAUUAAUACUUAUAUUUAUAUUGAUAACACAAAUAUUGAUUUGUCUAAUUGAACUUACAAUUUCAGUUUCGAGCAGACACGAACUGCAUCCAGUCAAAGUUUUCAUUUCAGAUAAUUUAGUUCUUGUUCAGAAAGUUGGCAUUUUCCGAUAAAUUAAUCUUAAAUCAUUGGCUUCUAAAACUCAGUCAUUUAAUACGACAAAGUUUCAGUCAACUUAAGUCAAAACUGAGUCAAGAUACGGAAGUGCCUCAAGCGGCGAGAAUGAGCUUGAAAUAAAUCCUUUGAAGUACAAUAUAGCGUCGUAACUUGAAGCUAUAUUCUUAUGAAAAAGAUUUAAAUGUCACUGAAUUUCUACUAAGAUUUAUAAUAUUGCAGUCCCAUAAUAUCCACAUUAAUAUUAAAGUGCAGUUUAAUCAUC